AUGUCUAUAGCAACCCCAAAAUGCGGCAUUAUAGUAAGAAAUAACAACUUAAACAUAGCCCUAAUUCCAGAACUUAGCUCCUAUCGUAUUACUACAGCUGCUGUCCAUAACGAGCCCAUCGAUCAUAUAAUCAAUGCCUACUUCUCACCACAGGACGACGAUGACGAUUGCAUCGGAGAGCUACAAAAUGUCCUGAACAAGCUUGGUGACACAAAAUACAUAAUAGUGGGCGACAUCAACGCAAAGUUGGCCCUGUGGUACAACGAGGAGGAAGACAACCGCGGAAGACUGAUCCAAGACAUACUAGACAAAAUCGAUGGCAUCUCGCUAAACACCUCGGACAUCCCCACGUUCGAGACAAGCAGGGCUAGAGGAUGGACAGAUGUUUGCCUGGCGCCCACGAGGUUAGGCAGCUUAAUUGAGACGUGUGAAACCUUAACUACCACCUUGGCUAGCGAUCAUAGGUACAUCCUAACAAAGAUCGAAAGGACCAGCCAAACGAUUAGCACAAAAAACAACAUCUAUAACAGAAAAACCAACUGGGAGCUAUUUAAAACCACUUUUGCCGCCUACUGGAGGUCAUACACGUUCUGUCCCCUGAACACGGCCAGAGAAAUCGACCACUACGUCAACCACCUGACCACUUCCUUAAAUUCGGAUAUAAAUCUAUCAUCAACCACCAAUAAAGUUGACAAGCAACGUACACAUUGGUGGAACAGUGACUUGGAAAGAGAAAAGCGCAAAAUCCGUAGGCUUACAAGGCACUAG